CCAGUUCUCACCGCCAGUGAUCACUUCUGUUGACAACUUUUGCACGUUGGAAGGAAAUAAAAAGAUUUAAUUUGAUUAGAUUUAGAUUAUAUAUAUAUAUAUAUAUAUCCAAAGUGUACUGUUCACUUUAUGUGUGUUCAAAUAAGCUCAAUGCCAACUUUAAAAAAAGAAAAAUUAACAAUAAAAACAAUAAGUUGUGCUUUUUAUUAUUUCGUUUCUUGAGACUCCAGUGACCUGAAAUUAAGAAAGACAUUAACAGUGUAGAUAUAAAAACUUGAAUUCUUUGUGUGCCUCGGGAUCCAAGGUGGUUUAGACGUCUAGUUGCUGUCGUGUGGACGCGAUAGUUUGUAUUGACUUCUGCUACGAUGUGUCAUCACGGAGAUUAUGGAAGGUUCUAAAUACCAGGAACAUUGGCACGGAGUGGGGGGGGGGGGGCGAAGUUACUCGAGCUGCACUAGCCACGACCCUUUGUCGUCUGCUAGGGACGUAACGAAAGAUGAUGUCCGAAUGUGACGCAGACCUGGAUUGCGUAUCUGGAGGAGGGCGACCGAAUGUUGACCCUGUGACCAGGGACUGCAUUCUCGACAUGACCUCGUUCACCUGUCCAGAGAUGGCCACAUUCAGUGUGUCCAAGAACACAGUAGAUCUAGCUAUUGAUCCUUUAAUCUUGUGUAAACUCUGUUUGUCAGAGCUGCCGCUGGUAGACAUGUAUGAACUGGUGGACUGCAAGUGCCUAUUUUGUGAGAUGUGUAUGAAACAGUAUUUGAGUGUGAUGAUAACAGAAGGGUUAGUCGGUGACCUGACUUGUCCUGAUGCACAGUGUAAGAAACAGGGGAAACUAAAUAUAGAAGAGAUUGAACAUUUGGUAGAUAGACAGACAUUUCAAAGGUUUCAAAGAUUACAUUUCCAAAGAGAGGUUGACCUUGACCCCAACAGAACAUUCUGCCCUGAGAUUGGCUGUGAGACUGUCUGUCAUGUUUGCUCCUCCCAGUCACAUGCUGGCGGCGGAGCUGCUGCACCCACAUCCAUACCUGUACAGUGUCCAACAUGUGGUCUUCAGUUUUGCUCUGUCUGUAAGACCAAAUGGCACGCUCCUAAAUCUUGUGAUGAAGUUGUUGCUUCAGGUCCCAUUGAAGAGUUCGGAAUUCCUUUCCACAACAGUGAUGAUGCAAAAAUUAAGAGAUGUCCCGUGUGUCAUGUUCCCAUUGAACGCAAUGAUGGCUGUGCUCAGAUGAUGUGCAAGAGAUGCAAGCAUGUGUUCUGUUGGUACUGUCUUCAGUCUCUUGAUGAUGAUUUUUUGCUGAGACAUUACGACAAAGGUCCAUGUAAGAACAAACUGGGACAUUCUAGAGCGUCAGUGAUUUGGCACAGAACUCAGGUGGUUGGAAUCUUUGCUGGUUUUGGUGUCUUGCUGCUGGUCGCCUCCCCUUUCCUGCUGUUGGCUGCGCCUUGUAUUCUUUGCUGCAAGUGCAAAAUUUGUCGCUGCUGUGACGAGGAGGAAGGAGAUGGGUUUUCAAAUUAACAAAACAAUCUACUCUCUAACGUACAAAAAGAAGUGUUUCUUGACGGAGAGACCAGCUGGCUGUGUCAUGUUACAAGACUGCUGUUGUUGAGAUAAUGAAUUGAGGAUUGAAAGAACACCAAGCUGCUGUUAAAGGUUGAAGUUUGCUGUCAGGAAUAAUUUUUUCAUUGCUUCUUGACAAGAGGAAUAGAUAAUCAUGAUGUACCAGACUGCUUAGAACAUUGGACUUACCAUCCCGUAAGGAUGGGAUAACUCAAAAACAGGGCUGUAUUUAGCUGGCCAACAUAUCUCUAGGUCAUCAUCAACUGUCAGUGACUGACAAGGCAUUAAUCAUAUGAGAGCUCUUUCAUUCUGCUUUAGGAUAUUAACCUCUGGGUUUUUGGAACUUUAGACUACCCUCCAUCGGCUAUUUCUCUGUUCAUAUUUCUCGGUUACCUCGAGCUUUUUUUUUUUUUUUUUAAGUUUUACUCAACUCAUGGCAGGGCUAUUCAAUACAUUGGCAAGUUAUAAAAGAAUCAUUUCUAAGUUACUCUAAGUAAAAAGAAUACAAUCAAAUCAUAAAUAGAUAAUUCAAUGCUUCCUUGAAACUCAACUGUUUUGAAAAUGCUUUUCAAUAAUUGUUUAUAUUUUUAUUUAGUGAUAUAUAUAUUUUUGUUUGCAUUGAGCCACUUUUUCAGUCAACUUUAUGCCAAAUAGUUGCCAUGUUAUAUUUUUUUUUUUUUACCUGUUUGGCUGUGCCAUUCAUUCAUCUUUGUCAGUGGCAUGUAUUUGAUCUGAACAUUCACAGAACAUUCUCUUGUCAGUCAAGCAAGUUUCUAUGUACACCCUUGGAUCUCAUUCCUUUAGGUUUGAACAUGACAUAACUCCAUUGCAAUGAUCAUAUUUCAACGUACAUUUUUUUUUUAAUGGUAAAAGUUGAUGUAUACUCAUUUUCUUAAAUAUAGUAUAUAUAUUUUAGUUUGUACUGGGGAAUUAUUUUUUUUUACACUUGUAUAACCUUUUUUUAUUUUGUAGAGAGCAUAAAAUGUAGUCAAUGGACCUCAUUCACCAAUUGUAAAUAAACACAUUUAGCCACAUCAUAAUAUUGAAAAAACAAUGAAAAAUAUGUAUCAUGUGACAGCCUUUAUGGAUUACAUAAUUUGUAUAGAAGAUAUAUAGAAUCAUGUGGCUAAAUGUUGUUUGUUUACGAUUGGUGAAUAAGGUCCAUUAAAUUAAUUUUUAAAAAAAUGCAAAGCUUGUGCCACAAAUGUAUGCUCCGGUUUUUCUUUUUAACUAAUAUUUUAGAUUCCCUGGAUAGAUGUGGUUCAGUCUAGCACUCCUUUGGUCUCCACAAAAAAUAAGUCGAGUAAACUAGAGAAUAUAAGGUCUAUUUCAGUUGAGCAGUUGUGGUGUAGGAUUUGUAAUAGAUUCCAUACUAUAAGUACUAACAAGUCUGUACUAAUGGUGAAGGAAUACAAUAUCCAGACAUUUAUCUGAGAAAAAUAGAGUGGCCUAAGCCUCUGGUUCUGCUUGAUUAUCUUUCAUAAUCUAGAUCAUUUCAAAUGAUUAUGAAUUGUUUCUUUUAUCUGACUACAUGUUAGCAUUGAAUGCUAUUGCAAUACUUCUAACAAACAUUUUAACAAAUGAACCUGCUGUGAUAAAAAACUGUUUUUGAUUUCAUUGUACUCACAAGAGGGUGGGGUUUCGAUUCCUCUUUUGAGGAUUUUCAAUUUUUUUUUUCUGAACAUAUUUUGGUUUACCGUUACUAAAUUGAAGACUGUUUUGUACACAAGUGAUGAGAGAACUGUAUACAGUGUGGUUCUGUCUGAUGACAUUAAUUGUUAAUAAUUAGCAAAAAAAUUACAUGCUACAUUUCUUCAACCUUUUAUUUUAUUAGUUAAUUAUCUAAGUCAUCACUUGAAGAAAUUUUUUUUUUGAAGCUGGAUAUUUUAGCUUUUUAUUUUUCUGUAGAUAGUUUAAAAAAAAAAAUCUAUAUUUGUUUACAUUAUGUAAAUAUUCAAUUAUAAACUUCAUUUUAUUGCAGGCAGUGUGCCUUGUGCUUGUGUUCAGUUGAAAAUAAAAGAUAUAAACCACA